CCUCUGCCCUUCUCUCUCUCCAACUCCUUCCAUGGCUACUUCUUCUCCAUCAACGACCAAACUCUCCUUCUCUUCUACAGAAAUACCCCAUCUAUCCCCUUCUUCCCCAAAAUACCCCUCCCUCGCCCCUUCCCCUUUCCUCAAAACUCCUCAAACCCUUUUUUCCUUACCAAAACACCCCUCCCUCUCCCUCCACCACCACCACCCCUCUCUUCCAUUCAAGCUCUCCUCCAAAAACCCCAUCUCAGAUUUCUUCCCGUCCGACGCGUCGGACGAUAAGCCGCGCGAGGAGUGCGGCGUCGUCGGCAUCUACGGCGACCCGGAAGCUUCCCGCCUCUGCUACCUGGCCCUCCACGCCCUCCAGCACCGUGGCCAGGAGGGCGCUGGCAUCGUAUCCGUCCAUAACAAUCUCCUCCAAUCCAUCACCGGGGUGGGCCUCGUUUCCGACGUCUUCACCGGCUCGAAGCUCGACCAGCUUCCCGGCUCCUCUGCUAUCGGCCACGUUCGCUACUCCACUGCCGGCUCCUCCAUGCUCAAGAACGUCCAGCCCUUCGUCGCCGGGUACCGUUUUGGCUCUGUUGGCGUCGCCCACAAUGGCAAUUUAGUAAAUUACCGUGCCCUGAGGGCCAUGCUUGAAGAGCACGGCUCGAUCUUCAACACUAGCUCCGACACGGAAGUCGUCCUCCACCUGAUUGCAAUCUCAAAGGCUCGGCCUUUCCUGUUGCGGAUCGUCGGCGCCUGCGAGCAGCUCGAGGGCGCCUACUCGAUGGUGUUCUUGACAGAGGACAAGCUCGUUGCGGUGCGGGACCCAUUUGGGUUCCGGCCCCUGGUGAUGGGCCGCAGGGCGAACGGGGCGGUUGUAUUUGCGUCGGAGACAUGUGCGCUUGACCUCAUCGAGGCGACAUACGAGCGGGAGGUUAACCCCGGGGAGGUGGUGGUCGUCGACGCUGACAGCAUCAGCUCUCUCUGCCUGCUGCCCCACCGCGACCGGAAGGCCUGCGUCUUCGAGCACGUCUACUUCUCCCUUCCAAAUUCCAUCGUCUUCGGCCGCUCCGUCUACGAGUCACGCUACGCCUUUGGUCAGAUCCUUGCCACAGAGGCUCCUGUCGACUGCGAUAUCGUGAUUGCUGUGCCUGACUCUGGGGUUGUUGCGGCGCUCGGGUACGCUGCCAAGGCUGGUGUGCCUUUCCAGCAGGGGCUCAUACGGUCGCACUAUGUGGGCCGGACAUUCAUUGAGCCAUCACAGAAGAUACGGGAUUUUGGGGUGAAGCUCAAGCUCGCGCCUGUCCGUCGGGUUUUGGAAGGGAAGAGGGUGGUUGUCGUUGAUGACUCAAUUGUUAGGGGGACAACGUCGUCAAAGAUUGUGAGGCUGCUGAAGGAGGCAGGCACGAAAGAGGUCCACAUGAGGAUUGCAAGCCCCCCCAUCAUCGGCUCGUGCUACUAUGGAGUGGACACACCCAGCACGGAGGAGUUGAUUUCGAACAUGAUGACUGUUGAGGAAGUGAGGGACUUUAUUGGGUCUGAUUCACUCGCUUUCCUUCCAUUGAAUAGCUUGAGGAAAUUGCUUGGCAAUGAGGCGCCGACCUUUUGUGACGCUUGCUUCUCUGGGAAUUAUCCUGUUCUCCCGAAAGAGUCAAAGGUUAAAAGGGUGGGAGAUUUUGUGGAUGAUGGAUUGAAUGGUACCGUAGAUGCAGGGUGGACAGAUGCCCCUGUAAAUCAGAUGGUAAUGAAGUAUAAUGGGCCGGUGUAGCAUCCGUAGUUGCAUAUGAUAUGCCAUUUACAACAGCUUGGAAUAGGCAGUGCGAGUGCGUAAAGGGUGGCUGCAUGAUUCUUCUUUUUCAUUUGGGAAGGUAAGAAAAGGGUAGAAUUGAGAAUGAGGUCGCUCAAAGCAUCCUAAGAGUUGCUCCAAUAGAAAAAAUGGUGGUGGGCCAAUGAGGUGGGUUGGCCAUGUGCUGCAACAACUGGAGCCAGCCUGGAUGAGGGGGGCUUUCAUUAGGGUCGGAGCGGAGGGCAUGAAAGGUGGAUGAGUGGAAGACUUAGAAGGAUAUGGAAUGUGGUGGCAAGAAGGGAUGCAAAGACUUGUUAACUUACCAGUACAAGUCCUCGGGAAUCAUUGGCGAAACAAUACUUGUAAAACCAAUCUCAAGUAGCCUCAAGAAGCUGGAACAAGGCGUGAAGAAUCUUCUUUCUAAUCUCCUUUGAUUUUUCUAAAACCUGAAGUCCAGGCCUUGCUGGAUUUAGAACUGUGCUACUCUGCUUGUUAGAAUUUAAUACAUCAAGGCUAUCCAUCACUUUCAGAUGGACCUGCUUUGAUUGUGGGGGUGGAUGUAAAAUAGGCCAUGGACAAGGAUAUUCUGGUUACUUUUGGAGA